AUGCAGAUGCUCACGAAGUUCGAGAGCAAAUCACCUAGAGUGAAGGGUAUCGCUUUUCACCCCAAAACACCACUCUUAGCUGCUUCGUUGCAUAAUGGUACGAUUCAAUUAUGGAAUUAUCAGAUGGGUACCUUGGUAGAUAGGUAUGAUGAACAUGAUGGUCCCGUUCGAGGAAUAUGUUUCCAUCCUACUCAACCUAUUUUCUGUUCCGGUGGUGAUGAUUACAAGAUCAAAGUUUGGAAUUAUAAGCAAAGGAAAUGUCUCUUCACAUUGACUGGACAUCUCGAUUACGUUCGAACCGUCUUCUUCCACCGAGAAUACCCAUGGAUCAUCUCAGCCUCCGACGAUCAAACAAUCAGAAUCUGGAAUUGGCAAUCUAGAACAUGUAUUGCUAUUUUAACAGGACACAACCAUUAUAUCAUGUGCGCUCAAUUUCACCCUUGGGAUGAUUUGGUUGUCUCGGCAUCGAUGGAUUUGACCGUCCGAGUGUGGGAUAUCUCCGGUCUGAGGAAGAAGAACCAAGCUUCCCAAGCACCCAUGUCGUUCGAAGAACAAAUGUCACGAGCCAACCAGAACCAAGCCGACCUCUUUGGUAAUACCGAUGCGGUCGUCAAAUACGUGUUAGAAGGACACGAUAGGGGUGUGAAUUGGGCAUCUUUCCAUCCUACUUUACCAUUGAUCGUCUCAUGCGGUGACGAUCGACAGGUGAAACUUUGGAGAAUGUCAGAAACCAAAGCUUGGGAAGUUGAUUCUUGCAGAGGUCAUUUCAACAAUGUCUCAAUGAGUAUGUUCCAUCCCAGACACGAGCUUCUCCUUUCGGCCUCGGAAGAUAAGACGAUUAGAGUAUGGGAUAUGACCAAACGUACGGCCGUACAGACUUUUAGAAGGGAACAUGAUAGGUUCUGGGUGUUGACUGCUCAUCCGGAAUUGAACCUUUUCGCUGCUGGUCACGACAACGGUCUGAUCGUCUUCAAACUCGAACGUGAACGACCUGCGUUCUCUCUAUCUGGAAACCAAUUGUUCUACGUCAAGGAUAAAGUCAUUCGAAUGGCCGACUUAUCGACCGGUACCAAUCAAGGUAUCUGCAGUGUCAGAAAACUCGGUUCCCAAUGGGUACAACCUAGAACAUUGAGUUAUAACCCCGCUGAACGAGCUGUAGUCGUUACUUCACCUUCAGAAAACGGUACAUACGAAUUGAUCACUUUACCUAAAUCUUCUGCUCCUUCCGCAUCGGAUGGUAAAGAUGUUCCAUCAGAUGGCAAGAAAGGUAAUGGAAUCUGUGCAAUUUUCGUUGCAAGGAACAGAUUGGCAGUACUUGACAAGGCUACUCAAAAUAUCGAAAUCAAAGAUCUUUCCAACUCGAUCACUAAAACUGUGAAAUGUCCCGUCCAAACCAAUGAGAUCUUCUAUGGUGGCACCGCAUCGCUCCUACUUGCUACUCCAACUUCAGUCGUUCUCUUUGACAUACAACAGCAAAAGGUUUUGGCGGAAAUUAGUACACCACCUGUGAAAUAUGUCGUUUGGAGCACUGAUGGAAACAUGGUUGCUUUGUUGAGUAAACACACAAUCACCAUCGCCAACAAAUCCCUCACCCAGAGUGCUUUGAUCCACGAGACCAUCCGAAUCAAAUCCGCUGCUUGGGACGAUAGUGGUAUCCUCAUCUACACUACUUUGAACCAUAUCAAAUACGCUCUUCCUCAAGGCGAUAACGGUAUCAUCAAGACUCUUGAACAACCAGUCUAUCUGACACGAGUCAAAGGUCAAAUCGUGCACUGUCUCGAUCGAACUGCUAAACCUCGAACUAUCACAAUCGAUCCUACAGAGUAUCGAUUCAAACUUGCUUUGGUCCGAAAGAACUAUGAUGAGGUCUUGCAGAUCAUCCGAAGCUCUAAUCUCGUCGGUCAAAGUAUCAUUGGGUAUUUGCAAAAGAAGGGAUACCCCGAGAUCGCCUUGCAUUUCGUACAAGAUCAACAAACUCGAUUCGACCUCGCUAUUGAAUGUGGUAAUUUGCAAGUGGCCUUGGAGAUGGCUAGAGCAGUUGACAGAGAAGAUGUAUGGAAUAGACUUGGUGCAGCGGCUUUACAACAAGGUAAUCACUCGAUUGUCGAAACCGCUUAUCAAAAAGCCAAAAACUUUGACAAACUCUCUUUCCUCUACCUGAUUACUGGUAAUACACAGAAGCUCAGCAUGAUGCAAGUAAUUGCUCAGAAGAGAGGUGAUAACAUGUCUCGAUUUCAAAACUCCCUAUACCUCGGCGACAUCCAAGCUAGGGUAGAAGUUCUUAGGGAAACUGGACAAUACCCUCUCGCUUACUACACUGCCAAGACCAAUGGUCUCGAUGAUACUGCUUUGGAAAUCCUCGAAGAAGCUGGUAUGACCGAGGAAGACUUACCACCUCCACCUCAAAACUCAGGACAUUCAUCACUUGCUCCACCACCUAUUGUUUUCCCUCAAUCCGACUCUAACUGGCCGAUCAAGAACCUCGGAGAAUCAUUCUUCGAUCGGGCUUUGGCGAAUGGGGGAGUUGAUGGACUCGUAGGCGAAUCAUCCGGUAUAGAAGGUGGUGAACAGCUUGAUGCUUGGGCUGCGGACGUUGCGAUUGAUGAUGGUGCCGAUGGUGAAAGUGUAGAGGAAGGUGAUGAAGAUGAAGGAUGGGAUCUCGACGCUGAAGUUAUCGCUCCACCCGAAGAAGAGGUCGCUCCGGAAGAAGAAGCGGCAGAAGCUGAUUUGUCAGAAGGUGUAUCUCCCGGUAUAAGUGAAGAUGAGUUGUGGAUUAGGAAUAGUCCGUUGGCUGCCGAUCAUGCGGCAGCUGGAAACUUUGAGUCAGCCAUGCAGCUACUCAACAGGCAAAUCGGUGCCGUCAACUUCCAACCUCUCAAGUCAUAUUUCCUUCAAUCCUACCAAUCUGCCCAUGUUCACGUACCUGCCAACCCAUCUUUACCACCUAUAAAAUACAAUGUUCGACGAAAUCCCGAAUCAACAGAAUUGAGAGAAUUCUUACCUUUCAACUCGUACAAUUUCGAUGAUUUGAAAUCGAACGAAUUGACAGAGGCCAACAAGUACUUUGCAAGAGGUAAAUUCGUAGAGGCUUUGGCUGCGUUUAGGACGGUAUUGCAGAAGUUGAUCAUGGUUGUGGUGACUGAUGAGGGUGAUGCUACUGAGAUCAAAGACCUCGUAACUUUGUGCCGAGAGUACAUCAUUGGAUUGACCAUGGAAGUUGAACGACGACGACUAGUAUCUGAAGAACCUGAAAACGUGAAACGAAACUUGGAAUUAGCGGCUUACUUCACACAUUGUCAAUUGGCUCAACAGCAUGUUCAACUAGCUUUGAGAUCCGCUAUGAAAGUAUUCAGCGAUGCUGGUAACCAUGCUACUGCUGCCGUGUUCGCUAGAAGGUUGAUAGAUACUAGACCGGCUGGUGCGCAGGUGGUCACUCAGGCCAGAGCAGUUCUCGCUCAAGGUGAUCGAAAUCCUCGUGAUAACCAUGAGAUUACAUACGAUCAAUUCACCUCAUUCGAUAUCUGUCCUGCAUCACUCACUCCGAUCUAUCAAGGAUCACCAUCUGUCAUCUCACCUUAUACAGGUGCGAAAUACCUCCCUGAAUUCAAAGGUAGUGUAUGUAAAGUAGAUGAGAUUACUCAAGUUGGAUUGACAGCUAGUGGAUUAAGGAAUAAGGUAUAG